AUGAAGUUUGGUCCCUGGUCUGAGAUCAAAGUAGCCCUCCUGGGCCAUGUGAGUGUUGGAAAGACUACAGUGUUGAAUGCUAUCUUAGGUGACCAGUUUGGAGAAGUCUCCAUGAGGCGAACCACUGCUGGCAUCAACUUCUUUCGCAUUGUCUCAUCCGAUGAGGCUACAGGAGAGUCCGACAAGUGGUCAGUUGCUGGGCAAAAGGAGGACAUCAAGGCUGCAGACAAGAUACAUCAAGAGAUUUCAAAAUCCAACAAAAAGCUCCGAGAAGCCCAAAAGAUUGAAGAAAAGUGGUUCAAUGUGGGCUGCAAGCCACUGUGUGAGAUGCGCAAGGAGACAUCCCUUGUUGUUGUCGACAUCCCGGGGAUCAAUGAGGCUGAUUCCAACAACAUCUACAUGAACUAUGUUCAGGAGAACUGGAAGACGUUUGAUUGUGUGGUGGUUGUGAUGGAUGCUAGGCAAGGUGUCAAUACAGAAGAGCAGGUGGGCCUACUUCGCUUCGUGAAGGAUAAUCUUUCUAAGAAGAAGAACCUACCAGUGAUUGUCCUUUUUAACAAGGUGGAUGAGCCAGAUGAUACAGAGCAGGCACUCCUUGUCAAGGAAUCCCAAGCUAAGAUAUCAUCCAUGUUUGGCGUUGGUUGUCGUGCAAAAGCACUGAAGCAGCUGCCAACACUGUCAGGCAAGAAGGGGGUAAAACAUUCAGUACCCACAUCCAAGUUGUAUCCUGUGGUCAUCCCUGUAUCAGCUAUCAGAGCAUAUUUCUACAGAGCUGCAUCCAGCCUUCCUUUUGAAGAGUUCAGAAAGAAGUUUGACCAGGACAUCAUUGAAAAGAUUGGCCGUGAAGAAAUGAAUAGGAACAAGUGGAGGAAGAUGUCUGUUGACAAAAAGUACAAAGCCCUCUAUGAUCUUGUAGUUGAGGGAUCGGAGGAUGAAGAGGAUGGGAUACAAGGCACAGGAUUUGACACAUUCCUUUGUGCUCUCUCUGUCUCUGUUGGUGGUCAGGAGACUCAAACAAAACUACUGCAAAACCAAGUUGACAUUGCUCUCCAGUCCUUUCAAGAUGAGAAGCCUUCUUGCUCUCAGUUCAUGGCUCUCCAUGAGACAAGCAAGGCCCUUGAUAAAGACAUGGGAGCCAUCAAGCGGGCUUUUUGGACCAAGUAUACAUCCUGCAAAGAAUCUUCCCUUGAUGCCUUCAGGAAGGAACCAAAGGUUGAGGUGAUGGCUGAACCAGUAGCCCUCUUGAAGGAAUACUCUUCCUUUGUCACUUCUGUGGUGUGGGAAGAUGAAGCAAAACUUGUGGCGAAGUCCUUUUAUGAUCUUGUCAGUGAACAAAUUGGUGUCAUUGUCAACAAGCAGGACUUGCAAUCAGCAGUAAUGAUUGGUGAAACAGGCACUUGCAACAGCUUUUGGGAAGAAAAUUGUCCCAGCUGUGAUGGCCAACCAGUAGCGCAAAGCCAGCAGGAAGGAGACACAAAAGAUGGAACCUGGGGGAGCUUUUCAGUGUAUGACUGGGUCACGAUAUUUGAGUCUGUGAAACAAAAUCUGCCUAGUAGUCCAUUUUCUCAGGAGUUGAUUGUCCUUGGCAUUCUGAAAGACAAGUAUGCAUCUAGUCUGGGCACAUCAAAGCUUGUCAAAUGUGCUUGCUCAACCUGCUACAAUGAGCUACAACGUCUUUCAGGUUCAAAUGGUAGAAAAACGAUCUCUGGCCGUCGCUACCGAUGCGGAUGUCGUUAUCCAGGAUCAAACAAAUGCCAAAAGACCCAUCAUAGCAAAGAAGGAUGGGAUGUCUCCUUUGAUCGUGGCAAGUUGAAGGUUGUUGGAAGUUUAGCCAAUGUCCAGGUCCCCUCUACUCCUUCAGAUAAACAGCACUGGGGCCAUGUUGCUUGGUGUUGCAAGAACCAGAUGGAAUCAGAGGGUCAGCCUUGA